AUGAUAGCCCCAGCCCCAGCCGCGCUCAAGACGGUGCGCGGCUUCCAGGGAACGCCCGCCACCUCGGGCGACGAAGACUCGGACCAUGGGGCUUGCGAGACGCCGCGUCCGAGUGCUCGUCGCGGGCGCAACCGCAUCGACGACGUCGUCAGCGCCAACUGCAGCCCUUCGCUCCGGCCCCAACCGUCGCCGAGCGUUUCCGGCAUCGCCAAGUUGCGGAUGCAGAUGGAACCGCUUAGCCUCGACGCUUCGUCCCGCUCGAGCUCUCUCGCUCGCGGCAUCCGCGGCGCCGCCGAGCCGGACAGCCGCCCCCACAGCCGGAACAGGGCACGCAGCGAGACCGGCAGCGACAGCUCCGACGGCGGUUCCACGAGCUACGAGGUGACGCUCGAGCACGACUUUGUCAGCGAGAGCCUUCGGGAACGGCCAUGCUUCACGGAGCCUCUCGAGGGCGGCCUGAACCCCCGUCGCAAGAUGACGUCGGAGGAGUUUCAAACGCUGCGAUGCUUGGGAAAGGGAACCUACGGCACCGUGCUCCUCGUGAAGCAGCGCGCGACCGGCAGGCUCUACGCCCAGAAGCAGUUCAAGAAGGCCUCUCUCGUGCUGCACAAGAAGCUGAUUGAGCAGACCAAGACGGAGCGGCAGAUCCUCGAGUCGGUCAGCAGACACCCCUUCGUCGUCAAGCUCUUCUACGCCUUCCAGGACCACGAAAAGCUCUACCUCAUACUCGAGUACGGCCAGGGAGGCGAGCUCUUCACCCACCUGAACACGGAAAAGAUGUUCUCGGAGACGGUCGCCGCCUUCUACAUGGCCGAGAUGCUGCUGGCCAUCUCGCAUCUCCACAACGACCUGGGGGUCGUCUACCGCGAUCUCAAGCCGGAAAACUGCCUCCUCGACGCCGACGGCCACCUGCUCCUGACGGAUUUCGGCCUGUCCAAGGUGUCGGUGGAGCAGUCGGAGAGCUGCCACUCGAUCCUCGGAACCGUCGAGUACAUGGCGCCCGAGGUCAUCCUCGGCAAGAAGUACGGCAAGGCCGUCGACUGGUGGUCCUUUGGCGCGCUGGGCUACGACCUCAUGACGGGGAACCCUCCGUUCCGUGGCCAGAACCACGCCAAGAUCCAGGACAACAUUGUUCGGCAGAAGCUCGCGCUGCCCUACUUCCUCAGCCCCGACGCCAAGGACCUGCUGACGCGACUGAUGAGAAAGGAGCCGAGCAAGCGACUGGGGUCGGUGAUGCCCAAGGAUCUGCAGACGCUCAGGAAGCACCGAUUCUUUCGCAAGAUCGACUGGAAGAUGCUCGAGGCUCGCGAGCUCGAGCCGCCGAUUCAGCCCAUGAUUACAGAUCCCGAACUGGCCGAGAACUUUGCGCCCGAGUUUACCGACUUGCCGCUGAGCCCCGCCGUGACGGCGAGGGAUCCGUGGCUGGCCGGCGCAUCCAGCCACAACGAUGACGUAUUUGGGGGGUUUAGUUUCGUCGCAUCGUCCAGCUUGCUCGAGAGCAACGCGUUCCCCAUGGCGAACGGGGCGUGA